GGUCGAGCACCGGAGCCGGAGCGGUGGCUUUCUCGGGCGCCGGGGGAGCAGCGGGCCGCCUGUGCCAGCUGCCGGGCCGCAGGGGGCUCUGCCCAGGAGGAGAGGAGGAGCCCGGGAGUUGCAGCUGGACCGCAGGCUGCGAGGAGGAAAGGAGCGGCGCGGGGCUCUCUUUUCCCUGGUGUUUUCACAUCCUAUUACUUCUGUGUCCUAAAAUCUGAGGAUUCCACCAAGAUAAUGAUAAAAAGUUUCAGUGAUUUGGGGCCUACUUAAACCAAUGCAAUCUUUCCAGAUAUCUCAAGACCUAGGUAUAGUUGUAUAUACUGCUUGGUAAUUGGCGAUAAUGCCAUCUCUGCCUCAAGAAAGAGUUAUCCAGGGAUCCUCUCCCUUGGAACUGAAUACAGAAUUGCCUUAUGAAAGCACAAUAAAAAGAAAAGGCAGAAAGAAGAAAAAGAAGGGAAUAAUUACAGCAAAUGUUGCUGGGACAAAAUUUGAAAUUGUUCGUGUAGUAAUAGAUGAAAUGGGAUUUAUAAAAGCUCCAGAUGAGGAUGAAACAAGUAACCUUAUAUGGUGUGAUGCUGCAGUCCAGCAGGAGAAGAUUGCAGAAUUGCAAAAUUACCAGAGGAUCAACCAUUUUCCAGGAAUGGGGGAGAUCUGUAGGAAGGAUUUCUUAGCAAGAAAUAUGACCAAAAUGAUCAAAUCUCAGCCUUUGGAUUAUACUUUUAUUCCUCGAACCUGGAUCUUCCCUGCAGAAUACACACAGUUCCAGAACUAUGUGAAGGAAUUGAAGAAAAAACGAAAGCAGAAAACUUUUAUAGUUAAACCAGCUAAUGGUGCAAUGGGUCAUGGGAUUUCUUUGAUAAGAAAUGGUGACAAGCUUCCAUCUCAGGAUCAUUUAAUUGUUCAAGAAUACAUUGAAAAGCCAUUCUUAAUGGAAGGCUACAAGUUUGACUUACGAGUUUAUAUUCUGGUAACAUCAUGUGAUCCAUUAAAAAUAUUUCUCUACCAUGAUGGACUUGUGAGAAUGGGAACUGAGAAGUAUAUUCCACCUAAUGAGUCUAAUUUGACCCAGUUAUACAUGCAUUUGACAAACUACUCUGUGAAUAAGCACAAUGAACAUUUUGAAAGAGAUGAAACUGAAAACAAAGGGAGCAAGCGUUCCAUCAAAUGGUUUACAGAAUUCCUACAAGCAAAUGAGCAUGAUGUUGCUAAGUUUUGGAGUGAUAUUUCUGAAUUGGUGGUAAAGACUCUGAUUGUAGCAGAACCUCAUGUCCUACAUGCAUAUCGAAUGUGUCGACCGGGUCAGCCUCCAGGAAGUGAAAGUGUCUGCUUCGAAGUUCUGGGAUUUGACAUUUUGUUGGAUAGAAAACUAAAGCCCUGGCUUCUGGAGAUCAAUCGUGCCCCAAGCUUUGGAACUGAUCAGAAAAUAGACUAUGAUGUCAAAAGGGGAGUGCUGCUGAAUGCACUGAAGCUGCUAAACAUCAGGACUAGUGACAAAAGGAAAAACUUGGCCAAACAAAAAGCAGAGGCUCAAAGGAGGCUUUAUGGUAAAAAUUCAAUGAGAAAACUCUUACCAGGUUCCUCAGACUGGGAACUACAGAGACACCAGUUGGAGAGGAGGAAAGAAGAAUUGAAAGAAAGACUCGCCCAAGUACGAAAGCAGGUCUCAAAAGAAGAACAUGAAAAUAGACAUAUGGGAAAUUACAGACGAAUUUAUCCUCCUGAAGAUAAAGCGCUUCUUGCAAAGUAUGAACAUUUGUUGGCAGUUGCCUUUCAGACCUUCCUUUCAGGAAGAGCAUCUUCACUCCAGCGAGAGAUGAAUAAUCCAUUGAAAAGGAUGAAGGAAGAAGAUAUUUUGGAUCUUUUGGAGCAAUGUGAAAUUGAUGAUGAAAAGUUGAUGGGAAGAACUCCCAAGCCUCGAGGACCAAAGCCUUUGUGUUCAAUGCCGGAGAGUUCUGAGAUAUUCAAGAAACAGAAGUAUUACAGCAGUGACAGUAGUUGUAGUAGUAGCUGCAGCUCCUCAGACACAGAUGAAAAAGAAGAGUGCCAAAAUCAGAAAAAAGAAAAUCAACCUUCAUAUAAGCAGCCUGACCACUACAAAUAUAUCCAGCAUUCUGGCCCCAUGAAGCGUUCAGUUAGCUGCCCUCGUUCCAUCUCUGCUCAGUUCCCUUGCAACACUGAACACCGGCCUUUAUCUGCUGCUCAAGUGAUGCCAGCAUCCCAGCCAAUUUCAGGGUCUCGGUCACAUUCUUUAAAUCGUUCAAACUCUGCUGGAAGACAUUUGUUUCAGAAUAAUAAUGCCCCCUCCAGCUCUCACAUGAGUGAGUCUUUGCGGCAACCAAGAACAAAAGAACAAGAAGAUUAUCUUAUGAAUCAGACCUUGUUUAUUCUUAAGGACAUGAAGAUCCGAUUUCCAGGGAAAUCCGAGUCAGAAUCGGAACAUUUGAUAGAAAAUAUCGUGGAUAACUGGAAGUUUCAUAAAUCAAAAGUGGCUUCGUAUUGGCUCAUCAAAUUGGACUCUGGAAAACAACGAAAAAUUUUGGACAUAGUAAGGACAAGUGUUCGUACAGUUCUUCCACGUAUCUGGAAAGUACCUGAUGUUGAGGAAAUAAAUUUAUAUCAGAUUUUCAAGAGAGUUUUUAGUCGCUUACUCUGGAAUCAUGGCCAAGGGCUGUGGAAUUGUUUUUGUGAUUCAGGAUCCUCAUGGGAGAAUAUUUUCAAUAGAAGUCAAGAGGUGGUGACUCCUUUGCAGCUUCAGUGUUGCCAGCGCCUGGUGGAGCUUUGUAAACAGUGCCUACUAGUGGUUUAUAAGUAUGCCACUGAAACCAGAGGCUCAUUCUCUGGCAUUGGUCCUGAGUGGGGUAAUCCCAGGUAUUUACUACCAGGAAGUACACAAUUCUUCAUGAGAACACCAAUUUACAAUGCUAAAUACAAUUCACCUGGAAUGACUCGCUCCAGUGUUUUGUUUACAUCCUGAUAUGGCCAUUUGUGAAACAGAUGAGAAGAUCACUAUGGGUUAUGCAUAUUAUCAAUUCAUCCCCCAAUUUAAACAUUCAAAGAAAUUGGCCAUUAAGUUCUGGUUUAUAUAUAUGACAUAGACAUGUUUGAAAUUAUAUACAUACAUGUACACAAAUUAUAUAUAUUUACUAGAAUAUGUGAAAGAAGAAUUAGCAGAAAGUCAUAAAAGCUAUAAUCUUUCUGAAAUGUAAUAAACCAUGUUAAAAUUGUUUACAAAAAUAUGUGAUUGUCUAGAAUUUGCUAGGUUUGUAAUUAAUUCAUUCCUACUAGAAAUGUUAUUUUUGCUGAAGAGUAUAUAAAACAAAAUUGAUCUUAAAGAUUCCAUUACAGUGUUAAAUUAUUUUCUAUAAGACAAGUCUUUUGACUUGAAGGAACAUUAAUAGUAUAAUACCUUAUUAUAUUACAUAUUGUAGCCAUUUAAUUAAAAAUUAGACAGCUGAUGUUAUUUGAUGGUAGGAUUAAGACUAAAACAGGCUUAUCAUUACUGUAGCACACUGUUAAUAUGCCAUAAAGAGUUGAACCUAAUUCUUGGGCAUUUUUAUUUCUCUCUGAAAAUUUAUGUACUUCUGACAAUGUAUAUUUCAGUAAAGAGCAACUAAAAUUAUUUAAAUAUUAUUUAAAUUGUAGACAAUCUAUAAAGUCAAAAAUAAACAUGGGCUCACUUUAAUUUAAAUUUUCCUCAGGAGUUACAUAAAUGAGUAGAAAAUGGUAGUAAUGACAGAGUCUAUAUGAUUAUUUUUAUAUCUCAAAACACUCACCUUAAUUUGGAAAGUGUAUCUCUGAUAGGUAAAACAUCUGAAAUAAAAGAGCUGACCUUUUAAACUCAUUCAGUCUUACAGGGCAAUGAGUCACACUUUAAAUCUUUCAGUCUUGUGACCUACAUACAUUAUAGUCUAAUAUAGAGGUCAGACUGUAUCAAGGAAAGCAGGCUAAAUUUUUGCAAAGAGAAGAUAGUUAUUACUAGGCACUAUUAGUCAUUAUUGAUAUGCCCUUGAUAAUUUUUUGAAAUUCAAAUAGAAUAUGAAAGCUUUUUCCUGUCCAAAGUUAUUAUGCAUGUUUCAUGAUAAUUUGCUUCCUUGUCUUGUUCACAUUUCAAAAACAAUGAGUAAGCUUUCAGUUUUCUAUAAUGUAUAUAAACCACUUUCACUGAAAUGGAAAUUAUUAGAAGUUCUUAAAAUUGCAAUAUUCACCUUUUAGAACUUUACUGAACUUCUCCCUUAUUCCCUUUGAUGCUAAUUUGAAAAAUCCAUAAAUGUUUUAUCUUCUUUUGCUAUCCUAAAAGCUCUUCUCAGUAAACCAAGAAUUGGACUCAAAGCUGAAGGGGACCUAAAAGUCAAACUGGACUGUUUUAAUUUACAAGUUGGAUAACUGGCAACCUAAAAUUAUAAGUUAGAUAUAUUUUGUUUUCAAAGCUGUAUUCUGGAGCUUUUGUCUGGCUGGGUUGUAUUCAUCUUCCUUCCUGAAAUUAUUGCUAACUACUUGAUUCCAUAUAUCCAUAUUCUAGUAAAUUAUUCUCUGUGCUCAAUGCAUCCCAAAUGAAGGACUUUGUGGAGAAAGAGAACUAGUUAAAGAACAACUCUGAGUGUUUAUUUCUUGUUCCAUUUUGUGAACUCUUAAAUAUGUUAUGAAUUCGUUGGAAUAAAUAAGAAUUUUGGGAUAGUAUCAUAAAAUGAUCAGCAAGAUUUUGUGGAGUAUUAUUAAUCAUUUUUAAAUGAUUUCAACAUGAAUACAAAGUUUGAAAAUAUCUGGAAUAUAUGCUUAUUAACUGCUUGUUUACAUUAGUUUAAUGGUUACUUAUUUCUAAGUAGGAAUUCUUUGACAUUUAUGUCCUUAAUAGUGCAUAGUAAAAUUUUUAUUGCAAAUGAAAAAGGAAAACUGUUACAAUUUUUCUUUUCAGUGUAAACAUUUUCUUGAAGGAACAUUGAAGUUCCCUGGGGGGGGAACCCACAAAAAAGUAAAAUUAAAUUGAAUAUUAAAUAUUUGAAACUGUCAACUAAUUGAACACAUAUUUUCUCUAGCUUCUUUAGCUCUAGUUUUUAUGAAUUAUAAUUUUAAUGCCCCCAUUUUCUAAUUUAUAUGAUUUAGUUUGAUAUGAUAAAGUUUUGAGUAAAGGCUGUGUACUCAUUAUUUAUACUAUUUGAUGGCUUAUGAUUACUGCUACUACUGAUUUCUUAAUGGAAAACUAAGAGAAUAAUAAACUAUGAAAGUAUGUAAUGGCCACAGAAAUGUUUUAGAGAUAUAAACUAGUCCUUAUAAUUUACUAUGAAAUUUUAAUUUGUAGGGUUAAAACAUGUAAGUUAUUAUAUGAUUCUGAUACUCUCUUCUAAGAGAAAAAAAUAACUUAUUUGAAAAACUCCAAAAGCUAUGAGGCUGACCAGAAGGUUUAAAAAAAGAUUUUGGUUUAUUUAAAUGAAAACAAUUUCAUUCUAUUGCUGAAAAAAAUCUCUGGUCAUUCUACAAAUAUUAUAUUGCAAUUCUUUUUCAUAAUGUAUAUGGUUAGGGUGGCUUCUAGGAUUCUAAACAAGGCAACUAUUAAAUAAUUUGUGAACAUAGUUUGACAUUAAUCUUUAUUUUAAGAAUCCAAAUAUUUAAUUACUACUUUGUGUAAACUACUGAAGAAACUAUUGUGAUUCAUGUUGAUUGUUUAUUAGCAACAUUUUAUUUUAUUAGCAUUUAAUUUAUCUGCAUGUAUAAAAUAAAUUAUAACAGGAUGAAAUAUGGAGAACAGUAACUUCUGUCUAGAUAGUUGAACAUAUUUGAUUAUCUGAUAAGAUAUAAAGGUCUUUACAGAUUUUUCAUGUCAGUAACAUAUAAAUACAUAAAAACUUGAAUUCAUCUCCCUUAAAUGGAACUGAGGCAAAUAAUUAAUGUCAACUUUCUCUUCUUAUAAUAUUUAAUACAACUAAAUGAUACUUCUUAUGGAUACUAAGAAAAGUAUUUUAUUUGAGUUUUACUUUAAUUUGCAUUAAUUUGUGAUUAUAAAUGUCAGAUCUAGAAAGACAGUAGACUGCCUGCUUUGCAGUCAGCAAAGCAAUACCUAGUAUCCCAUGUGUUUCAUCAUCCCUACCUAGAGAGUCUAGAGUGAGAGCCAAGAGUAAACUGAACAGAGCUGCUUGUGGCUCAAAACCAAACCAAAAAAUUUAAAAGCUUUACUAGUAUAGAUUAAUUCAAAUGCCUUUAAGAGAAAGCAUGUCAGGGCCAUUCCAUUAAAAAUUAUCAUAAAUCUAAACAUAAACAUUACCUGACCUUUUCAAAUGUACAAAGAAAUGAAGGUUUAAAAUUUUUAUUAUUUCUAGUUUUCUAUAAAACAUUGAUUUAUUCUUUGGUGUAUAUUUAAAAAGUAAGAGAAAGUAUAGUAGAAGAGUGACAGAACAUAUCUUCCUUUUCUGUUCUAUGAUGUUAAUUUAUGUUUGGUUUGGUUCUAAGGAUUUACAAUAAAACAUCUUAAAUACAAAUAAUUUUGUUUUUGUGACUGAUGAGAUUUGAGAUUUUGUUAUAAUCUUCAAUUUGAAAAACUUACAUUUUCCAGGACUGAAUUAUUUAUCUAAAUAUUUUGAGUUAUAGUAAUUAAUGAAUUAAUUAAAAACUUCAAAUAUAUUAAACAUCAAAACUUUACUGCUUUCUUUUCUCCUUUAUUCAAAGUUUUUUGAAGUUGUAUUCUAUGCAUGGUUAAAGUCUAGGAAAGAAAAUUUUGCCUUUUAAAAAUGCUUUUUCCUCUUUGUUUUUGUGUUUCAUUUUUGUCACAGCAACAAUAAAACUUAGAUAACAAAUA